UCUGUGAGCACUGCACGAUCAUUUGGCAACAGGCAAGAGGAUUUGGCCUCUGUGAUGGUCGCUCUCUGCCGCAAGCUCUCCACCAUCGCCACCCCUCACAUUUUUCCUCAAAAGCAAGGACACCCACAAAUAAAUUCAACGCAAAUUUUCAUUCCUUUCUCUCAGCUUCAGCGACGAAGGCUUCUAGAGACGCGGCUCGUCUCUGUUCUCGAUGGCUGCACCAACCUCGUCCAAAUCAAACAAGUCCACGCCCAUAUCCUCCGCAAAGGCCUGGACCAAUGUUGUUACGUUAUAGCCAAGCUUGUACGCAUGCUUGCUCAGCUCGACGUCCCGGUUCACUCCUACCCUCGCCUUGUCUUCCAACAGGUCAACCACCCAAACCCCUUCCUCUGGACUGCUCUCAUUCGUGGGUACGCUGUUCAAGGACCAUUCUCCGAGUCUGUUGUUUUGUAUAAUCGUAUGAGAAGGGAGGGUACCGGGCCCGUGUCGUUCACUUUCUCUGCGCUUUUUAAGGCUUGUGGUGCAGUUCUUGACGUGGAUUUAGGGCGGCAGAUUCAUGCGCAGACGAUUUUGAUUGGUGGUUUUGCUUCUGAUUUGCAUGUUGGUAAUACUAUGAUUGACAUGUAUUUGAAAUGCGGGUUUUUGGAUUGUGGGCGCAAAGUGUUUGACGAAAUGGAUGAGAGGGAUGUGGUUUCUUGGACUGAGUUGAUUGUUGCAUAUGCGAAGAGUGGAGAUAUGGAGUCAGCGGGGGAAUUGUUUCGUGAGUUGCCUGUGAAAGAUAUGGUGGCAUGGACAGCAAUGGUCACAGGCUAUGCUCAGAACGCUAGGCCAAAGGAAGCAUUAGAGUUCUUCGAGAGAAUGCAAGAUGCAGGUAUGGAGACGGAUGAUGUUACAUUGGCUGGCAUCAUUUCAGCCUGUGCACAACUGGGUGCGAAUAAGUAUGCAAACUGGGUUCGGGAUAUUGCCGAAAAAUCGGGAUUUGGGCCGACUAGUAGUGUUGUUGUGGGAUCCGCAUUGAUAGAUAUGUACUCAAAGUGUGGGAGCAUAGAGGAAGCAUGUAAGAUUUUUGAAGGAAUGAAGGAAAGGAAUGUGUUUUCUUAUAGUUCAAUGAUUUUGGGGUUUGCAAUGCAUGGUCGUGCUCAUGCAGCAAUGCAGUUGUUUUGUGAGAUGUUGAAGACUGAGACAAGACCCAACAGGGUCACUUUUGUAGGGGUGCUUACAGCGUGCACCCACGCAGGUUUAGUGGAACAAGGUCGACAAUUAUUUGUAAACAUGGAAAAACGUUUUGGUGUUGCUCCAUCGGCAGAUCACUAUGCUUGCAUGGUAGAUAUGCUUGGUCGAGCUGGACAGUUGGAAGAAGCACUUGAGCUUGCUGAAACAAUGCCAAUGAAGCCCAAUGGAGGUGUGUGGGGAGCGCUGCUUGGCGCAUGUCGCAUUCACAAGAAUCCAGAAAUUGCUCAGAUUGCUGCUAACCAUCUCUUUCAGCUAGAACCUGACGGUAUUGGAAACUACAUCUUGCUCUCUAACACAUAUGCAUUGGCGGGAAGGUGGGAUGAUGUUUCAAGGUUGAGGAAGUUGAUGAGAGAAAAAGGCUUACAAAAGAAUCCGGGGUGUAGCUGGGUUGAAGCAAAAAAGGGGGUAAUUCAUGAGUUCUAUGCAGGCCAGAUGACCCAUCCAGAAUCCAUUAAGAUUAAGCAGGCAUUGGUGGAUCUUCUGGACAGAUUAAAGGCUCAUGGUUACCAGCCAAUCCUAAGCUCUGCCACUUACGAUAUUAGUGAUGAAGAGAAGAAGCGUUUACUAAUGCAUCAUAGUGAGAAGCUAGCCUUGGCAUAUGGGCUGCUCAGUACAGAUGCUGGUUGCACCAUUAAGAUCAUGAAGAACAUCAGGAUAUGUGAGGAUUGCCAUGCGUUCAUGUGUAGCGCAUCUCAAGUCACAGAGAGGGAGAUUGUUGUAAGGGAUAACAUGAGAUUUCACCACUUUCAUAAAGGGGCAUGCUCUUGUGGUAAUUUUUGGUGAUCAAUGUUGGAGUCUAAACAAUGAUGAAGGUGUAACACCGACCCUUUACAAUCCUUUAAAUAUGUGGAGGAUGAUCAAGCCAGUUUUCAAGCAGGUCCGUCAUAAUAAAAAGGUCAUAUAUCAAGAUUUCAAUAUCAGAUGAAGACAAUUUUUAUGGCGUUGAAAAGCUUAUUCAAGUGGCUACAAAGUCGUAUUUCAUGAAGGCUUUCCAAUUUUAACAUUUACUGAAUCAAAGUGGGUCAUCAAGUGAAAUACAAACACGGUACCCGAGUGGCUCGGUCAAUCCUUGAGAGGCUCGAUCAAUGCCCGUUCGAUCGAGUGCUACAUUUUACAACAACUUGAGACGUUCGGUCGCUAGCCGGUCAAAGCUUCUUCGACCGAGGACUUCAUCGCAAAGGUCCGUUCAGCAAUUUCAUUUUAUUUUGCUUUCCUAGUAGGUUUUUGGACUUAUUUUUCCAUAUAAACUCACUUAGGACAGCCUUAAUUAGCAGCUGAGUUUUUUUUCUUGUUUUGUCUCAAAUCAUUGAUUUUGUUUUUGGUUUUGGAAAGAAUUAUGAGUCGUAUAUUUGUUAACUAUGCAACCCACUACACCACGCUGCAUCAAUUGGUAAUGUAAUUGUU